AUGCCGAGAGCAGAAUUUGACCGCGACCUGCGAAUUGUUCAGGACGAACUGCUGAUGAUGGGCAGCAUGGUGGAAAAGGCUAUCGGGCGCUCACUGGAGGCUCUGAAGAACCGCGACCUGCUGAUGGCUGAAGAGGUUGUGCGCGACGACGACAUCAUCGAUGACAAGCAAUACGAGAUCGAAGAGAAGUGCAUUGAUCUCAUAGCCACUCAGCAGCCGAUGGCAGUGGAUCUGCGUACUCUCGUUACCGUGAUGCAUCUCGCCGGCGAGCUGGAGCGCAUGGGCGACUACGCCGAAGGCAUCGCCAAGAUUUCCCUGAUGAUGGGCGACGAACCGCCUCUGAAGCCGCUGAUAGACAUCCCCCGAAUGGCAACCAUGGCGUCCGAUAUGCUGCGCCGCAGCCUCGACGCUUUCGUCAACCGCGAUGUCGUCUCUUCAAUGGUCGUGCGCAAUGACGACGACGAGAUAGACGCUCUGUACGAACAAGUCUAUCGUGAACUGCUGACAUUCAUGCUUGGCGACCCGACGGUAAUCCGACGAGCUACCUAUCUGCUAUGGGCGGCGCAUAACAUCGAGCGCAUCGCAGAUCGCACCACGAACAUCGCGGAGAAUGUCAUCUACAUGGUGACCGGUGAGCGCAUCGACGUGGUAGCCUCACCGACCAGCUAA